CCCUUUCUUGUGAUUGGCUGCGCCGCUCCAGCAGGAGCGGUUGCUCUGUGUUUGAAGGGGGCGCAAGAUGGCGGCGGGCGAGGUGGUGGGGCGCUACCGGAGCAGCAUGAGCAGGAGCAAGGACCCCUCGGGGCUGCUCAUCUCUGUGAUCAGAACUCUGUCUACCAGUGAUGAUGUGGAGGACCGAGAGAAUGAGAAGGGCCGCCUGGAAGAAGCUUAUGAGAAGUGUGACCGGGAUUUGGAUGAGCUCAUUGUCCAGCACUACACGGAGCUCACCACCGCGAUUCGCACCUACCAGAGCAUCACGGAGCGCAUCACCAACUCACGGAACAAAAUCAAACAGGUGAAGGAGAACCUGCUAUCGUGCAAGAUGCUGCUGCAUUGCAAGAGGGAUGAGUUGCGCAAGCUGUGGAUUGAAGGGAUUGAACACAAACAUGUCCUGAAUUUGCUGGAUGAGAUAGAGAACAUCAAACAAGUACCCCAGAAGCUGGAGCAGUGCAUGGCCAGCAAGCACUACCUCAAUGCAACAGACAUGCUGGUGUCAGCAGUGGACUCCUUGGAGGGUCCCCUUCUUCAGGUGGAGGGAUUGAGUGAUCUGAGACUGGAGCUCCACAGCAAGAAGAUGAACAUGCACUUAGUCCUGAUAGAUGAGUUACACCGUCAUCUUUACAUCAAGUCGACUAACAAAGUGGGACAACGCAACAAGGAGAAGGGCAGAAUAAGUUCGCUUGUGAAAGAUGCCUCUUCUGUACCCCUUAUGGAUGUUACUAACUUGUCUACACCUCGAAAGUUUCUUGAAACUUCCCAGUUCAGUACUCCUGGAAGCUCCAGCAUGCGAGAAACAAGCCUCCUGGAAAUUAAAGAAGAUAUGGAACUGGAUCCAGAGGAGAACAGCACUGUCUUCAUGGGCAUACUCAUCAAAGGGCUGGCCAAGCUGAAAAAAAUCCCUGAAACAGUGAAAGCCAUCCAGGAUCGCCUAGAACAAGAGCUCAAGCAGAUUGUUAAGCGGUCCACGACUCAGGUGGCAGACAAUGAUUACCAGAGAGGGGAAAAUAUUUCCCAGGAAAAUCAGCCUAGGUUGCUGCUGGAGCUGCUGGAGCUCCUCUUUGACAAAUUCAAUGCUGUGGCUGCUGCACACUCCGUAGUCCUUGGACACCUUCAGCAAACAGUGGCCUCUCCUUGCAGCCAGUAUGAUGGUGAUAUCAAGCUCUACGACAUGGUUGAUGUGUGGGUGAAGAUCCAAGAUGUCUUGCAGAUGCUCCUGACGGAAUACCUGGAUAUGAAGAACACCCGCACUGCCUCGGAGCCAUCCGCUCAGCUCAGCUAUGCCAGCUCUGGGAGAGAAUUUGCAGCGUUCUUUGCAAAGAAGAAACCACAAAGGCCUAAAAACCCUUUGUUCAAGUUUGAGUCCUCCUCCCAUGCUAUUAGCAUGAGUGCCUAUUUGCGUGAGCAGAGAAGGGAGCUGUACAGCAGAAGCGGAGAACUUCAAGGUUGUCUAAAUCACUCCAGUUUGGUUUAUUCUUGCUCUGCCAAGCACCUGGGCUUCUAUUUAUGCCUUUUGCACUUCCAGCUAAAGGUUCUUGUCAUAAAACAAUAGGUGAAAUAUGAACAGUCUCACUGUGAGCAUUGCGUUUGGGUACUUGGGGUUAAUGUUUGCCUCUUUAUCUGCAAUUUAUUUCCCUGUGUCAUGGACUGAAUGUUAUACUUCUCCUGGAUUACUUUGGGAUCUAAACUCAGUCGUCUCACGUUUGAAGCACGAGUUUCAGUUGGAUGGGCUGAAGUGACCAAUUCUUCUUUUAUACAGUGCUUAAAGAUGAAGAGUUAAAGUGUUAAAGUGUUUGAAAAUGGUGAUUGUGAGGCAUUGGACUACUAGUGCUGGUUUAUAUUGCUUGUGACAAGUGUUCUAUAUACAUGGGGAAGUGUUCUCUUCUCUGGGCAUGGUGUCACUUCAUGUAUUUUUUCCUGAAUGACUUAAUUCACUGAAGUCUUGGUUUUGAGAGCAACACCAGGGAAAGAUCUUAAGGCUGCCAUGUGUUGUAUAGCAGGAUUAAUUUUUUUCCUGUAUCAUCCGCUGGAGUUUCUUAUAGGACUAAUCAAAAAAAGAAAACACUGUAAUCUCUGAAGAGUCUGUACUGAUGGACAAGACAAGGGUAGAAUUUCUCAGUGAAAUCUUACUCAUGGCAAUUGUCAGAUGGCUUUUAUUUGAGGACGAUUUGUAAUUUACAAUGGAAUUAUUGGAUGCCUUUCUGUUCCUGCUCUCCUUUUAUAGCUUAGUUGUGCUCAGCAGGACCUGAAACCCAAAAGAGUGGGGUAAGAAGCACCCAGAGAUGUACAGUGUUUUUGUGGACCAAUUGCUUUGCUUAGGUGCCUAUACAAAGGGGAUCUUCAUAUCGAUGAUCAAAUACGUAAUGAUUCACUCUGGCUAAUAUUCAGACACUUUUCCAUUUACUGGAAGGAAGAACCUGAGAUAAAAAAGAUGUGGGCAGCAACUGUCAACUUCAGUUUGCUAUAAUCUGACAGCGUGUAAAAAUAAAAUAAAGUGAAGAUACUUGUCUUUUAAAUUAUGGUAUCACCUUUUAUGCACACUUGGAAGGUGUUCAGCUUACAGCUCUGCAUCUUCUGAGACUCAGAUUCUCACCUUCAGUAUCUGGCACCUGUAGUUGAACUUGGGGUCAUCUGAAAGAAAUGAUCCGGUUCAGCAGGAUCCUAAGUGCGAGCUACUGUAUGGCACAGAUGCUGGUUCUUCUCAUGAUGCAGUUACCAUUACUGUUACAAUGAGCUGAGGAUGUGUUUUUAAACAGUUCCUUUAGGUUUGGAACUUGUUAAUACUGUAGGGCAUAGCCAUAUUUCUUAAGAGCGACUCUUACUGAUAGAAGACAAAUCUUGAGGCAGCAUUUGCCAUGAGCAGGAUAUUGUGAGCGUUAUCAAGAGAAGAGUGUGUGAAAGGGAUGUAUGCAGACUUCCAGCCUCUGAGCUAGUGUGGGGUUGGGAAGAACAAAGCUUAUGAGCCGACAAAAGAGGAGAGGACAGAAUAUAGGAAUUAGUGUGGAUAGGGGCAAGAUGAUUUUGUCCUUUAUGGAUGAAUUGGAAGAGCUGGAACAUGAUGCAAUAGGUGACAAAAAGUCAGUGUAGGGAGUCAAUAGGGACAAUGGAUGAGAUGACUUUGCUAAGAAAUCUUUGCUGUUUAACCAUCAAGAAAAGUUUCCCUUUGAACUUUAUGUUAAAAAUGUACUAUCUUCUCUUUCUAUUAUAAGCUGCUGUUCCCUUUUAGGUAGCUCAUUAAUCUUCCUGAAUCCCAGACCACAGCAAGAUCUGCAUUUUGAUUUUUAUCCCUUUUAAAGAGAAAUACAAUUUAAUUGUUCAAUCAGGUUACUGGAAGGCAGGCAUGUGACAUUCUCUCUUCUGUGAAUGCCACACAGUUUCUCUUCCUUGACAGCCUUAUCCACAGGGAUGAUGUAUCAGUGGCAGCAGGAGGAGGGUGGCUUGUUAGGACAUCUUUUUCCUGAAAAGAUCUUCAAAGAAACACGUGCAUUAAAUAAAAUAAAAAAAGAGAAACUUAUAAAAGUUUGGCUCGUGCCAACUUUUUGAAAUAAGAAUUUAAUUUAAAUAGCCUUAAAACGUGCCAGGAUCUGAGCAAUGUUUUGUCAUUAACCUCUUCCGUUUGGACUGAAAUAAUACAGUGCAUAAGGCAGACGUUAUCCCGCAGUGAGAGAAAGGGAAUUGCUGUAAGUGGUUUAGAGAUGGAAGGAAUAGUACAGGCAUCUUAUUCCCCUGACACAGGAGGAGGACGACUUAGGCCAUGUAUUUUUCCCUUUAAGUUGGACUCACAAGUCAUUUGACAGUUGUCAUUAAGAGAAAAAAAACAGAAGUACAUAACUGAAAUAUCUCCUUACAGACUAACGUAGAUGUGCUGCUCUGGGAUUAUGUCAGGAGUACACUGUCAGAGGUGGUUUCUUCUGUAUGAAAAGAAAACCAAAAAAUGAUAGUCAGGAAGCUUCUCCUUUUUUUUCUUCUUAUUUGUAUUGGCUGUGUGCUAGCAGGGGAAUUUACAUUUUUCCUCUUUGAGUCCUUCUUCCUGUUGUCAAAUGUUCUGGGCUGCAUUAAAAGACGAGUGGCCAGCAGGGAGAGGGAUGGGAUUGUCCCCCUCUACUUAG